CCUCCGUCUUAAAAGUCUGCCUAGUUCAAGGACUGGAAUGAGCAUUAUAAAAAUAUAUUUCUCCAUAUAUUUAUACAGAUCAAUUCAAAUUCAUUGUUAAUUUUUGUUUUAAUUUACUCCCGAAUCGUCAGCCGCAAUGGACCAGCAAGGACAGGAAGUGCUUCCCCCCGAAGGCUGUCUCCGCGAGAAUCAAAAGCGGGAACAGCGAGCCCGACUUAUCAAGGCCCUGUGCUGCUUCAAGCCGCAGGAUGCCAAUCCGCAGCAGUUCUACAACUGCGUUCGGGAGCAGUGCAUCAUUCACAACUGCAGCAUUGACGAGGGCGUGGAGCGGGCCACUGUUACCUGGCCGACACUUGGCAAGCUCCAGCGGGAGACCUAUGAUUCGCAACGUCAUGCUGAGCUGCCCAUACCAGUGCCGCGUCACCUCCUCUACCACGCCUUCCAAAAAGAGCGCAAUGGCAUGUGGUCCCUGGGACGCUCCACGGGUGGUGGCUACACCCUCGAGGCCUACAAGCCGCCACCAAAACCAUCGAGAAUGCAGACCCAGUUGCAGCAGAAGAGGCCCAAGUACGACAAUCGGCUGGAUCUGCCGCCCAAGGUAGCGGCCACUCAUGUGCCGCCGCCACCAAAUUCGAAAUUUUCUAGGGCUUCACCUUCGUCUUCGCGCAGAAUCCGGAGUCUCCUACCACCAACCAUACAGCGGGUUCAGUCCAUUAGGCACAUUUUACCCAAGACAACACGACAGCUCAGGCAGAAAAAGCUGGAAAAGCUCUGCGCCCCGGUAACCGUUGCGGAUCCCAAGGCAUCCGGUGAUGGCCAUGGAACUCUUAAGAAAAAGCUCAGCAAGCGAAAGGGCCCCAAGGCCAAGAAGUUGACCAAAACCAAGGAUCUGGAGGUCAGGACAAAUGACCAAAAAUUGAAUGAGUCCAUAGGCAAUGUUCGUCGGCGGCUUAUGAUGUUUGGGAAUCAUAGGGUCUAGUUCGGGAGGCCAUAUUUGAAUAUUUGUUAGUGGGUCUCUGUAAGUUCUAAAUUGAAAGUGAACCAAAUUAUUGUCGUAGAAAAUAAAAAAAGAAAUAAAUUACAA